CAGUGACGCCAUCGGUUGCUAUGGUCGCAGAUUAUGUUGCACAUCACAUCCGGGGUGCUCGCGUUUGUUUCUAACACAGUCUCUUGACGGGCGCGCUCUGAUGUGUCCAGCAUGUCCCGGGUGAUGUGAGCGCGAGCGCGAGCGCGGAUCAUGGCGGAUGACAGCGAGUGGGUGCUGGAGAGCGUCGCGGGGUUCCUGAGCAGCCCGGACUGGCUCAUCCCACUGGCCGAAUUCAUGGAGAACAAAUGCUCAGUGUUCGAUGAUGAGGACGAGAACAAGCUGACCUACACGGAGAUCCAUCAGCAGUACAAGCAGCUGGUGGAGCGGCUGCUGGAGAACCACAUGCAGGAGGUGGGCAUCAGUGAGCAGCAGUUCCUGCGCGCCUGCGCGUCCUUCAGCAGCUCCAGAACUCUGCAGGCAGUUUUCCAGCCAGUUCUUGCUACAGAUGAUUUUCAGAUGUUCCGCUCUCUGAUGGUCCAGAAGAACAUGGAGCUUCAGCUGCAGGCUCUGCAUGUCAUCAAGGAGAGAAACGGCGGGCUGCCCGAGUGUCUGACCAACGGUGUGGACGUCAUGAAUGAACUCGAGCAGCAGGAAAUGAAGAUUCUUCAGGAGGUUCUCAGGAGGUCGAAGGAGGAGUACGAUCUGGAGAUGAUGGCUCACCGGACACAGGAGAAGGAGGAGCCGGCCUCCACGUCCAGCAGUCUGUCGGACACUCCUCCGGGAAACACGUGUGAGCCUCAGAUGGCCUGUGACUCCGGGACACGGAAAACCAGCGCAACCAACGGCGUGACAGAAGCUACAGAGCUGAAGUUAAAGCAGUCUGAGUCUGCAGCCGUCAAGAGUUCAGCCACAGCGUCACGUAAAGCCCUUCCUGCUGUGAGGGCACCGGUCAAGGGUUCAGUGUCUGCCAAUCACAAGAGUCCAGAGAGACGGAGAGACGAGGACACACAGAGAGACUCCAAACCGCUCGCGGAUGAGGUGGCGUUACAGCAGCGCUCAGAGUAUCUGAAGCAGCAGAGAGACAAACUCCAGGCCCUGAAGAGAGAUCAGACGCUGAAGAGCCCCGCUGACGCUCCUCCUGCGGCCCCGGAGCCCAGAGCCUCCUCACAGGAAAUCUCUGUCGAGGAGAAGAAGAAGUUGCAGAAACGAAAACACCUGGCAGAGAAACUCAAAGAGGAAGUCAUCAAGAAAUAAAGCUCAAAACGGACUGUAAAGACGCGGAUCACUUUUGUAUAUUAUUUCAUUUAUAUUUUUGUAUGUACCUGUAGCUCUGUUAGAUGUGAUCUCAUGUUACUUUAUAUGAACAGACUCGUGACGUCGCUCAAUCUGGCAUGAUCCGUUUAUUACUGCUGAUGUUUAAAUCUUUACUUGCUGAAAUAUUGUUAUGCAUUACAGAAACACUCACAUACUCUUAAGCAUAUGCUCAUAUUUCUCUGUUAUUAUACGAUCUGUGGACAGAUGUUUAUGAAAUGACCCAAUAAAGUAUCAUUUUUAGUCA